CGCGGUGUAGACAGCCCAAUGCAGUCUGCCACUUCUGCACUUCAUUUACGCAGCACUCUGCUUGCGAAAUUUCACCACAAUGAACGGUUCAUUUCAGUAAUUAAUUAAUUAUUAUCAACUGUGCUGAAACAACCACUAAGGUAUACUGUGUGCCUGUUUUUUCUGAACUCUACGUUUUUCAUUCCCUUGGCUCGUACCAAGAAAGACAGGAUUUGCGCAGACUGGGUGUUAUUUAUUCAUUUCUCGUUUUGUGGAUUACUUACUAUAACAGUAUAACUUGCUCAUUUCUGUUUCCUGACUGCUGGCUGUGUGUGUCAAGGCAGUUUUCCGCGCUGUCUCUUCGGAGUUAACUGCUGACAGCACUACGCGCCGCUGAACUGCGCAGUCUGCUCUGGCCUGCCACGCAAAAUCGCCAGGAGAGUAUGAGCAGUGUAGCUGGAGAGAAUGGCCACUGUAAUCGCCACUGAGAGCAAACUCAAAUCCCCCUCCACAUCCUCCAUCCAGAUCGCGCGCGCCAACAUGCCCACGUUGUCGCUGAAUCUGCCCGUGGGCGUCCUCUCCAACAAGACGCCCAUCAUCAUCAAAUCCGACGGCCACAGCCACACGCUGGCCAAGACGUCCGCCCUGCGCUGCCAGCCCGCGGCGACGGCCAGCCUCAAGGUCAAAGCAGCUGUCCAGUCGUCAACCAGCGUGACCGCAGCGCAGUCUGCUGCAGUUGCACAGCCACAGUACAGGUUGCUUAGUGUCCCGUCAGCCGCACUACAGCACUGCAACAGCAACAAGCCCACGCAGCUCAUCAUCACCAACAAUCCCUCGCGACUCAACCUCAAAGUCCUGCCCAUCGCCCCGGCCCCCGCCCCGGCCCCCCUGGCCCUGGAGAAGAAGCUGGCCCCGCUGCCCGCGCCCCUCCCCGUCCUGCCGCCGCCCCUGCCCGUGUCCCUGCCCCUGCCCGUCAUCCGCUCAGUCUCGCUGGACACCAACGCCUCGGCCGUGUCCUCCAACCCCUGGGACGACGCGGCGGGCUGCGACGAGCUGGAGUCGGAGGAGCGGGAGUCGGUGGUGAGCCUGUCGGAGCUGAUGGACUGUCUGGAGGACGUGGCGGGCUGGGAGGGCAUCGACCCCGACGAUCCCGACCUCCUCAAGUCCUUCACGGCGCAGCUGCCCACCUCGCCGGGCAGUCGCGAGUCGCCGCUGGCCUCGCCGUUGCCGCUGAGCCUGGCCGCCAGUCUGGACGCGCUGGAGGAGGCCAUGAGCGACUUGGUGCCCUCCCCAGCGGACACCUUCACUCAUCCGGCCAUUUGUCAUCGUCAGCAGCCCUUCCACUCGUCUCCCGCUUCCAGCAAUCAAGCGCCGAGUCAGACCAAUUAUGCCCACGGGACUAAUCACAUUUUCGAAGGAGCGACGAAGGACGUGCCCAGCUCGGCGCCGGCGUCCCCCUCGUCGCACGCGGUGCCCGGCUCGCGGCCGCUGUCCCCGGCCAGCUGCAGCAACAGCGCGGCCUCCUCCAACUCCAACCAGUCCAACUACAGCGACGUGUCCGUGGAAGUGAAGACCGAGUCCAUCGGGCAGAUGCUGUUCCAGUGCAGUCGCUGCUUCAUCGUCUACGCCAGCCUGGAGCAGAUGGAGAAGCACAUCGGCCAGUUCCACAUGAUGCACAGCGGGCGCGCCCACUUCCGCCUGACGGACGACAAUUUGAACACCCUCGUCAAGCUCAUCUGGGACGCCAACCUCACCUGCAACGUCUUCACCGGCUUCAUGCGCCGCUACCCGGAGCCCACGGUGGGCCUGCCGCUGCAGCGCUCCAACUCCAUCAGCAGCGAGUCCGGACCGUGUUCGCCGCUGCCCGGCAAGUUGACCGGGACGCUGGCCUCACCGCCCGCCUUCCAGAUGCCGCCGCAGCCCCUCUGCAUUCCCCCACCGCCCUGCGCGUCGGUGCUGGACUUGGAGCUGGACGCGAUGGACGACAGCGACGACAACGACUCCAUGUGGGGCGACCUGUCGGGCUCGUCGUCGCGGUGCUCCUCGGUGGACCUGAGCCACCUGACGCCCGAGAUGCGCAUCGAGCUGGAGAUGCCGGCGCGGCUGCCCGAGCCCAAACUGCCGCCGCUGGAGGGACUGGACUUCGGCGUGGGCGUGGGCAUGCCCCUGCUGAACCCCCUGGGCUACCCCUACAAGCGCGGGCCCUACAAGAAGCACAAGCGCCUCAACGGGGCGGCCGGCGGGGCGGGGGGCCUGUACAAGAAGACGAUGAAGGGCAACGCCAAGAAGAAGCUGCUGGGCGUCAAGCAGCGCAAGCACAAGGUGGGCGGCCUGAUGGACGCCUCCAAGAAGGUGGGCGAGAUGAUGUCCUGCAUCGGCAAGCUGGUCAAGCAGCAGCAUCAAGACCGCAUGUACAAGAAGACCAAGAUGUUCCCGCCCUUUUUGAAGAAGAAACCCGGGCCGGCGCCCGCCCAGAGUGUCCCCAAGACACCUAGUCCGCCCUCGUCGCAUAUCGGUGACGAAGAGAGCGGUGCGGCGGCUCGGCGACGCGCGGUGCAGAAGCGGCUGGGUAAGCGGAGCAGCCAGCGCAAGUGCCGCGGCGUGUACGGCAUCAACAAGCAGUCGGAGUGGUGCAACAUGUGCAAAUGGAAGAAGCGCUGCAGCCGCUUCGGUGCCGACUCGGACGACGACGAGGACGCCUCGCUGCUGAGCAGUCCGUGAGCGGAGCGGGGACGGACUCUCUGUCCUGCGCUGCUUCACAUGCCAAAGAGAGGGGAGAGGACGGGACACGAGCGAAGCGAGGCGGGGACGGCGUCGCGUUCCGUUCUCGCGUCGCGGUUGCGGAGCGCGGAAGAGUUCAGAAGGCAUCUGCACACACUGAUUGUGGCUCAACACGGGACGCUCCUCCCGGGGCGGGAGGGGGACGCCCGCUAAAGACGUCAGUCUGGUCGGGAAGGGACUUGCGCGAGCGCUUUUUAUCCUUUAUCUUUACGAGUAUCUUAGUUUUUGUCACUUUGGAAUUGAUUACUUUACUAACCCGUUCCGUUAGUUGGAUUUUGUUUUGUUACUUUUGCUAAAUUAACUAGACGUUGCUUAACAGUAAAAAAGGACAAAAAAAUUGUUUUGUUGUGGGAAUGACGUGUCUUGUUGUCUUAGCUGUCUUAGUGUGUUAGCGUUGUUGUUGUGUUGGCGUUGAUUGGCGGCGGAAUGGAAUGAAUGCGCGGAAGAGAGAAGCGUCUAUCUGUCCAUGUAGUGCGGAAUAUGUUGCGCGUGCUGAUUGGUGAUUUGCUUGGUUCUUUCGGCCUGCGUGCGACGGAGCGGACCGGACCGGAAGGAAACGAAACGGGACGGAGCGUGUGCGUCGGAUGCAGCUGGUGGUGGUUCUGUUUGGUGUGUGGCUGAAUUGAAUCGGCGUCUGUGGUAGUGGAGAGGAGCGGAGCAGCCGGAGCGGGACGGGACAGCCGCCACAGAGUGGAUGGAUGGAAAGAGGCUUCCCUCGGCCGUGCCGGCUGGUCUGGUCUGUUUGUCUAACUGACUUAAGAUAGAGGAAUCUGCUGCUGCUGUUUUGUACGUUUCGGCCAAGGGAGUGGUCGGUUGGCAGGGUAGUUUGUUGUCUCUCGCGACAGUUGCGGUUGCUGCCUCUGUAGCUAUUCCUUUGAGUUGUUCUGUGUGGGUGUCCACUGUCCUUGUUGCGUUAUAAUGACUUAUGAUCGCAUUAGUUUUGUGGGCCAAAUUAAUAAUGCCGAUGAAAUGAUUAACUGCAAUCCUCCA